AUGGUCUGUUCUUUUUUGAUGUCAAAAAUAAGAAAAAUCUUGGAAAAAAGAGAUUUAAACUGCCUCGUAAGAAAUAGUACCUGCAUGGAGGCAAGCUGGCUGCAGGUUCCCAUGUGGACUCCUUCUGCUCCAAGCAGUCUUCAUGUCUCUUCUGAUGUUUUCCGUCAGAUGGAUGGAAACCUGUUCCCUGUGCUUCGGAUAGAAUGGAAAGUGGCCACUGAUGCUAGCAUCCGGUAUCUCCGAGGGGCAGAGCUGGCUGUGAUGCAAGUGAACAGCAAUCAACAGAUCUGCGCCCAGUUUGACUUUCAGAACAACUUGCCACUUCAGGUCCGUCCGGAUGGAGGCCGGUGGAAUUUCACUUUUGACCGUUUUGAAGUGGAACCUGGCCAGACUUACCAAGUGACUGUCUACCAUCUGCCCAAAUUGGGUGUAGAUGGAGACUACAAUUGCAAGUCCACGUCUCUCACAAUGCCUGACUGCAAGGACUCUCUAAUGAAAAGAACCAUCCCAUGUAUAAAGACAGGCAGCCUGUGGGAGCCCAGGAUCCACGGUAAAAGUCUAGAUGAUACAACUCUGCUUGUGAGCUUUAACCCAUGGAUGGAGUCAGCCCGAUACCAAAUUCAUGUGACCAGUUUCCUGAAUGAGAAGAAGUGUAAAAUGAUCACACGUGAUUUCACUGAGGGUGGACUGCAACAGCAAGUGAAUGUCACGAUCAAAAUAGAGAAGAACAUAAGAGCUUGCUGCAACUACAAAAUACAGAUUCAGCCAUUCUUUGCAAACUGUGGCACAGACUGUCUGAGACACUCUGCUUUCAUCCCAUGUUCACCAGCUCCAAGUACAGACCCAUCAGGUGAUAUGAUUAUAUGGCUCUACUGGUGUAUCACUGGGAUCUGUGUGUUACUGGUGGGAUCAGUCAUAGCAGGUGUGAUUUGUAUGACCAAAAAACGAGCAGGACACCAGCAAGGGAAAUGCAACCACAAUGAUUUGCAAACUG